UUAGUUGGGGAAAUUCCGUGACGUCACGUGACCUAGUAUAAUUCCAGCCUGUAUAAUUCGUCUGAAAAUGUCGUUUCUUGGAGUGUUUCGUCGAUUGUCUGCAUCAGGAUUGCAAAAUGCUCCAAAAAUUGUAACCUUGACUAAAUCGUGCUGUAAAACGCAAUGUUUAACUGCAGUUUAUCGAUGUUACUCACGUCCUGUAACACAUGAGGAGCUGAGAAAUCUCACUAAGGCAGAAUGGGAAGAGAGACUAUCACCAGAGCAGUUCUCUGUUUGUAGGGAACAGUGCACAGAACCACCAUUCAGUGGUAUAUACAACAGCCAUUAUGAGAAGGGUACCUACACCUGCGUUUGCUGUAGUGAGAAACUUUUCAGUUCAGACAGCAAGUAUGAUUCCGGGACAGGCUGGCCAUCAUUUACUGAUGUGUACAGGCAGGAAGAGAAAGGUCUGCCCAAUGUGAUAGAGAGGCCAGAAAACAGCGUUGGUCGCAGUACUUUUAGAACAGAGGUCAUCUGCAGAAAGUGUGAUUCUCAUCUUGGCCAUGUUUUCGAUGAUGGACCGUCACCAAGUAACAAGCGAUACUGCAUCAACAGUGUAGCGUUAAGUUUUACACCAGCAGCUGAUAAAUGAUGUGACAAAAUAAAAGAUUUCCAGAAAAACGAUUUGCUACAGUUUUGAAAAUGCAGCAUUUUAACUGGUCAAUGUGAUUAAUUAGUGCUAAGUGACAUUAUGCUAAUAUUUUUCCCCUGUCAAUUUGAGUUGAAUAAUUAAUAUUCCUAAAGAUUGAAUAUUAUAAUAGAGAUUGACCAAUAAUUAAUCAUGAAAAAUGUUUUGGAUAAAAUAUAUACCUAAAUUGUA